AUGCAGGGAAAUCAUACCAAUAAUCUCUGUAAAUUCUGUAACCGCAUACACGCUGGGGAGUGCAGAAAGGAAGUGGGAUCAUGUUUCAAAUGCAGUAAGGAUGGACACUUCAUUAGAGAAUGUCCAUUGCUUGCGGAGAACAACGGAAGGCCCAAUCCACCUAAAAACUUUAGGCCGAAUAACCAAGGCAACAAUCAGCGGAGGACUGUGCUGGCAUGGGUGUUUGCUUUGACACCGGGAGAAGCUGAGGACAAGAAUGAUGUCAUCACAGGAAUUAUCCUCCUGUUUCUCAAUAAGGCUUCUGUUUUAUUUGACUCGGGGGCUACCCACUCUUUUAUUUCAAUGGAUUAUGUUAAGUUCUGCCCGGUUGAUGCUGAUGAGAUGAAUUACAAUUUGAGGGUCUCAACCCCAGCAGGUGAUAUAGUGACUUGCAACAAGAUUAUACUUAAGUGCCUAAUAACUUUUAGCGAGAGGGUAAUACCAUCUAACCUGACAAUCUUUCCUAUGAUUGGGUUUGAUGUGAUUUUGGGAAUGGAUUGGUUAGCUUCCAGUUAUGCCAGUAUUGACUGCUUUAAAAAAGAAGUGGUGUUCAAAUUUCCAGAGGGAGAGGAAUUUAGAUUUAUGGGUUCCAGAGUGCGUACCCUCCCAUCAGUUAUUUCUGCUUUUCAGGUUGACAAGUUAAUACGUGAUGGGUGUCAGGGGUUCUUAGCUUUCAUGGCGAAUGAACCAAGGGAAGAAUUGGAGUUAGAAGAGAUUCCUAUUGUGAGAGAAUAUCCGGAGGUUUUUCCUGAAUAUUUUUCUAGAUUGCCACCUGAGCGGGAGGUAGACUUUGCUAUUGAGUUAACCCCAGGCACGACACCUCUUUCUAAAGCCCCUUAUCGAAUGGCACCAUCAGAGUUAGCCAAGCUCAAAAAACAGUUGCAAGACUUAUUAGACAAAGGUUUCAUCAGGCCCAGUGUGUCACCUUGGGGAGCUCCAGUUUAG